ACUUCCCGUUUCCUGUCUUGUUUUUGUCAUAUCCGCACAAAUGUCGGAGGAGUACAUUUUGAAAGUAGUCGACGGCAUACUGCCAGUUAUUCGACCUUUGACACGGUUAAUUGAUUAGUUUACGAUUAAACUCGCUAGCGACGUCCUUUAAUCGAUUUCCCGGUGGCACCGGCUCAACCGUGAGUUCCGUGUGAGCGAGCUGCUCCAUUGUUCGCCGGUCUGUCUUAGCUUAGCCUAGCUUUAGCCAUGCUCUCGGGCGGCAGCGCUGUUGUAAGUCUGCUGGACGCGUUCGGCUACUAAGACUCCUGUUUUUCGCUUCGUGGCUGGACGGUUUCCGCCCCUCCACCACGUCGAACCGCCGUCGUGAUAUUUGAUCGUUGACUCUUGUGCUGAUGUUGUGCGGAGCCGUUUCGCUCUCUCUUGCGGCGUCAGCGUAACCUCCGUUAGCCGCAGGGCGGGCGGCGCCAGAUUGGACAGAGGUUUAGGGACUUUGGCUUGUGGCUUAGUUGUGUUUGCUUGUUUUGUUCGUGCGAUGGCUUCGUCGUCCGGCACCGACGACGACCUGACCAUACCGCGCGCCGCUAUCAACAAGAUGAUCAAAGAGACGCUGCCCAACGUGCGCGUGGCCAAUGACGCGCGCGAGCUGGUGGUCAAUUGCUGCACCGAGUUCAUCCACCUCAUCUCCUCCGAGGCCAACGAGAUCUGCAACAAGUCCGACAAGAAGACCAUUUCCCCCGAGCACGUCAUCAACGCACUGGAGAGCCUGGGCUUUGCUUCCUACAUCACGGAGGUGAAGGAUGUGCUGCAGGAGUGCAAGACGGUGGCCCUGAAGAGGAGGAAGGCCAGCUCCCGCCUGGAAAACCUCGGCAUCCCUGAGGAGGAGCUGCUUCGGCAACAGCAGGAGCUCUUCGCCAAGGCGCGGCAGCAGCAGGCCGAGCUGGCCCAGCAGGAGUGGCUGCAGAUGCAGCAGGCGGCGCAGCAGGCCCAGAUGGCAGCAGCGGCCAGCGCCACCCAGCAGGCCGGUUCCUCUCAGGACGAAGAUGAGGACGAAGAUAUGUGAGAUGGGAAGGGGGGCAUAAGGGGUGGGGGGCAGAUACCACUGCAACAUGCCCUCGAGGAUGGACGGAAAGUGCGGGGGAAUACUUACUCGAAGACUUUGAUUUCCUGCCGCCUCUUUUUCAAAUUGUCUUACAUUGUGGAUGCUUGGAGACUUUUUCUCCCACCUGACAAAAACGUUGACGUGUCAGUAUUACUGAGUGCCGUCAGCCAAGAUGGCCGCCGGCCUGACAUCUGGCAUGUUGUUGACAUGGUGUCAGUUGAAGAGGAUGCUUUGUGUCCACUUGCUCAUUCCACAAACUUCUUGAAGCAAUAAAUUCUUUCUCUUUUUUUACACCUCCA